AUGGUUGAAAAAGGGGCGUUCGACUUAGAGGGCGCUCAACCUGCCAACGAAGCUCGGCCUGCCAGCGAAACUCAAUCUGUCAGCGAAGCCGUGAGGUUCAAUGCCCGUACAUUGAAAAAGCUACAAGCCGCACUCACGAAAGAUCCAGAGGUCGACUUGGCCGAUCAAUUCCCCACUCAAUAUUUGGAACGUCUUUUGAGAAUGAGAACCACAAUCGAAAGCCCCAAGAAACCCAGAUACGUUGAGCAAGACAUCCGAGAAUCCCUUUGCCCAUCAGACCCGGUUGAAAUUGUGUUUCCUCUUUCGGAUGCGGUUGCAAAAUUACUCGAACCAAUAUCACAAACUGCCGAGGGAUUGCCACUCUCUCAAAGGCUGUUUGAAGUCCUAAAGAGCAGUGAGAUUAUUUACAAAGCUCCCUUCUUUCACCACAAAGGAGUGUUCAAAUGCUCUUCGGAAAUCGUUAUCAAAGCCGUUCGCUAUAUGGAACACAAUACUCAAUAUACCGCUUUACAAUAUCUUGACCGUCAUAAGCCGAAUAUUCCAGUGCCAAAGCCUCUUGGCUUGCGCAUACCGAAGUCCAACAAUUCAGAUAUUGGUGAGCUGUACGUUGCUGCCUAG